AUGAAGAUUCUGAAACGAGCAGCGUCAGAGAAGGAUUUCUCGCUUAAGGAAUGUCAGAGCAUUGCCCAGGUCGUCUCUCUUGGAAGCUCCAAUCAAACUGAGACAAUGGAUGCAAAAAGAGACAACUCAACAGCGUUGUUUAAACUGAAGAAAAGAAGAUCAAAACGCUCUUUUAAUAUGCUGAUAAUGGGCUCUAUUUGGAGUCUAGCUCUCACCCAACAAGAGCGAAGAAGAAAAAGAAGAAGAAGAGGAAGAGAUACGUGGGAGUUUCCUGUGGAUCUGGUGACCGAGGUUCUAAUCAGAUUGCCAGAAAAGUCAUUGAUGAGGUUCAAGUGCGUCUCAAAGCAGUGGUCAUCUCUCAUCUCUUGUCGAUAUUUCUGCAACAGUGUGUUCACCCUCACACGACAAAAACAACAACAGCCACGUUUAUACAUGUCUUUAGUGGAUGAAGGAGGACAACGUGAACUCCUAGCAAUAUCAUCAACGUCUCCAGAGAAGACCUGUUUCGUGGUCGACCAAGAUUUGAGCAUCCCAGGGAUGGGAGGCUUAUUCUUGAACGGCGGUGCUCGUGGCUUGAUGUGUUUCUCUCGUAGAAAGAAGGCGUGUAUCUAUAACCCCAGCACCAAACAACUCUUGACCUUACCUAAGGUAAAACCGGACAUCAGAGCUGAACAAGGUGAGCGGAAGCAUUGUACCCGGUACUACAUGGGAUACGACCCUGUUAGUGAUCAACACAAACUCUUGUGCACAAAUUUUAUAUCCUCGGAAGGGUUGAAAAAGCUCAAGUCAGAGCAUUGGGUGUUCGUGCUAGAAGCUGGAGGUUCGUGGAAAAAGUCUGUCCUGCAUCAUGAGAAUUAUAUUCCUCAUGCCCCUUUCGCACUAGGACGGUCUAUCAGCAGCGGUGGAUCAAUAGUACGUUACAUGGCGUGGCAGAAUAUGUACACUUGCUUAAUUGUGAGUUUCGACGUUAGGUCUGAAGAGAUUACUACCAUCUUAGUACCUGAGGAGGUCGGUUAUCACGUGCAUAUUCUCGCAUUAGAGAUGAAGGCCGAUCUUAUAGAGUAUGGUGGGAAAACAGCUAUUUUCGAACAUAGCAAACUUAGAGACACGGGUGCGUCAGAGUUAUGGGUAUGGGAAGACGUUGAGAAACAAGAAUGGUCCAAGAAGAAGAGUCUGGUUUUGCAGCCUUGUCAAAUGCAUUUAGUGAAUGACGUUGAACUGCUUGUAAAAGGCACAACUCAAGACGGCAAAGUUAUCUUGGUACCGCUGUUGGAGAUGCUGCCUUCUGGAUUCUACAUUCUGUGUUACGAUUUGCAAAGCAAUGACUUGAGGAAGGUUGAAAUCCAAGGAAUACCACAGUUUUGGUAUGACAAAAAGUGCUGCUAUUUUGACUUGAGGUUGAUGGAUGAGAGUGAGAACGUCGUCUACUUGGAAACUUGA